CUCCAGCUUUCUUGGGGACUCCUUCUAACUGUACCUGCCUCUGGAGUUCUGUGUCUACCUUUACUGGCUGUGUGAGAGAUUCUCCUACAACAAAGAUGAUUUGGGGGCCAGAGUGGCCCCUCAGACAGUGUGAGGAAGGUGACAUCUUGGAGACUUGACCUGUCUUUAGUGCUAGUGCUAUGGGCUGAGGGAAGGAGGGGAGAGCAUUGAGGGCCAAGAGGAUGAGGCUGCAGAGGGGCUGGACCAUGCAGGUAACCCUGUUGCUGCUGGGGCUGCUCAGCCUGAAGAAUCCACUUGCCUAUGCCCAGGACCAGAGGUACCAGGAUUGGGUGAAUGAAUUCAUUCAGGAAUACAACGCGAAGUCAGGAUCAGAAAACCUGUUUCGUCUCUCAAUCCUGAAUCUGCAGUCUGGGGAAAACAAGGAUCCUGCUGCUCCUCGACUUCUGAGCUUCACCAUGAGAGAGACCGUGUGCCCCAAUACUGAAAAUCCCAAUCCAGAUGAAUGUGACUUCAAGGAAAACGGGCUGGUGAAAGAAUGCAUUGGAGCCAUUGCUUUGGAUUCUCCUAAGCCCUCUGCUGAUAUUUCCUGUGAUGGGCCUGAAAAGAUCAAGAGACGUGGAUUUUUCCAUAAGGUCGGGAAACGAUUGAAGAAACUGGGGGAGAGCCUUAAAAAAAGAUUAAAAAACCUUUCAUUUCAUAUCCCACUGGGCUUUUCAAUUCCUUUCUGAGGCUGAACCUCAGUUUCUGUUUAAGGCCCUGCACUCUGCCUUUGUCUCCUCAGAUUAAUAAACUUUAAUUUUACCCUCUC